AUGGAACCAAUGUUGUUGUUCUUGUUGAUGCUUAUGAUGAGAAGUGGCGGUGUGGAAUCAAGGCCAAGUACUAUUAGCAGGUUGUUGAGACAACAAAAACAAGCACCAAAAAUACCAUCUCCCUACAAAGCUCACUAUUUCCCUCAGAUCAUAGACCAUUUCAAUUUUGGACCAAAAAGCUCCAAGCUCUUCCUUCAAAAGUAUCUUAUGAACCAAGACUAUUGGCACAAGGGUGCACCCAUCUUUGUUUACACUGGGAAUUCAGGCGACAUUGGCUGGUUUGCAGAAAACACCGGCUUCCUUCUUGACAUUGCACCCAAGUUUCAUGCCCUUGUUGUCUUCAUCGAGCAUAGAUAUUAUGGGGAGUCAAUGCCGUUUGGGAAUCAAUCAUACAAUUCACUAGAAGCACUAGGCUUCAUGAAUACAGGGCAAGCGUUGGCAGAUUUUGCAAAUCUUAUCACGAGUUUGAAGCAUAAUCUAUCUUCUGAAACUUCCCCCGUUGUGGUAUUUGGUGGUUCGUAUGGGGGAAUGUUGGCAGCCUGGUUUAGACUAAAAUAUCCACAUAUAGCAAUUGGAGCAUUGGCAUCUUCAGCCCCAAUCCUGAUGUUUGAUCAUGUUUCCACUGGCUUCGCCGAUGCUGUUUCCCAGGAUUACAAGGAUGCGAGCUUGAAUUGCUACAAUGUGAUGAAAGGCAGCUGGGAAGAACUGGAAUCCUUCUCAACCAAGAAACAUACCAUGCUUCAACUCACUAAGACCUUCAAAUCUUGCAGGUUAGUGAAGUCGACAUAUUCAGUAAGCAGUUGGCUAAGUACAGCCUUUGUUUACACAUCCAUGGUUAAUUACCCAACAAAAGCCAACUUUGAGAAGCCACUUCCUGCCUACCCUGUUCAAGAGAUGUGCAAGAUCAUUGAUGAAUACCCUCCAGGAGCAUCCAAACUUACCCGGGCUUUUGCAGCCGCGAGUCUGUACUACAAUUAUUCUGGAACACAAAAAUGCUUCGACUUAGAAAAUGAUCAGUCAGAUAUCCAAGGAAUUCGUGGUUGGGACUGGCAGUCAUGUACGGAAAUGGUGAUGCCAAUGAGUAACUCAAACCAAAGCAUGUUUCCACCAAGUUCAUACAACUACACCGCAUUUGUUGAACACUGUGAAAACAGAUACGGCGUUACACCUAGACCUCAUCAAAUUACUACUGAAUAUGGUGGCAUUGGAAUUGAAAAGGUGCUGAAAAGGUCGGGUAGCAAUAUCAUAUUUUCUAACGGGAUGCAAGAUCCAUGGAGCAGAGGCAGUGUGUUGAAGAAUAUAUCUGCUAGCAUUGUGGCACUUGUGACCGAAAGAGGGGCUCAUCAUGUAGAUUUUCGACAUGAAACAAAAGAUGAUCCAGAAUGGCUGGUUAUGCAAAGGAAACAAGAAGUAGAAAUCAUACAGAAAUGGGUAGAUGAAUACUAUUUGGAUUACAAACAAUGA